AUGGGGAGAAGAGGACAAGGGGAGCCGGGGGAGGGGGAUGAGGGGGAGGAGGCUCAGCUUCAGCUGCAGCUGAAGCGGAAACUGCAGAGAAACCGGACAAGUUUCACCCAGGAACAGAUUGAGGCUCUAGAGAAAGAGUUUGAAAGGACACAUUACCCAGAUGUCUUUGCAAGAGAGAGAUUGGCAUCAAAGAUUGACCUUGCAGAAGCUCGUAUCCAGGUGUGGUUCUCUAAUCGAAGAGCCAAAUGGAGGAGGGAGGAGAAGCUGCACAAUCAGAAGAAGUCAAGGGGCGGGAUUUCCUGUUCCCAGGCACACACACCCCUGAGCACCUCCUUCAACUCUGCAGUGUAUCAACAUCAGCACCAACAUCAGCACCAACACCAGCACCAGCACCAACACCAGCACCAGCACCAGCACCAGCACCAGCACCAGCACCCGCACAGCCAGAAUUCAGGCCCUGUGCUCAGUCGCAGUGACCCCUCCCUCCCCAGUUACAGCUCUCUCUCUGUCUUCUCUGGUGUUCAGUCUGUACCCCACCACUCUCCCCCUUCUUACUCUUGCAUGCUCCCUCCCUCCCCCUCUGCUCCUCCUGCGCCUCCUCGCAACUUUGAGGCCUCCGCUCCAUACUCCCCAGGCCACAUGGCUCCAGCUCCCCCAGGUAACUCCAGCACAGGUCUCAUCUCCCCUGGAGUGUCAGUACCUUUGCAGGUUCCUGGGGAUGAACAGAGUCUGGGCCAAUACUGGGCCAGGCUACAAUGAGAGAGGAGGAGAAGAGAGGAGGAAGAGAGGAGAGGAGGAAUGGGAUCCCAGCGAGGGCAUGCUUCUGCACUCAUUUACUGACAGAGGUGGAGAAAAGAGCACUCUGGUAGAUAUGAGGAUGGUAUGGACACGCAGAGCCCUGUUCAUUUCCAAUGAGCCUGCAACUGAUGUGACAGGCAAAGGGAGAGGUGAACUUUUACAGGUAAACAUGAGAAUUACAUAUGUAGGGAUGCGGCAAGCGCUUAACUGUCACUGAACUGACGAAGCCCUCAACCGAGCCACGAAUCACAGAAGAACUCAAACACUGCCUUCCACUCACGACAAUCAAAGAUAGCCACCUCAGAGCCCAAGACAAUCAAACGCCACGAACAGGGAAAUGUUCCGGAAGCACUUGUGCAAUUCUUCUGACCAGUGGUAGCUGUGCAUGGACCACAUGCAGCCGGUUGGACUGUGUACAAUGAAAAUCAUAUGCCGUUCGAAUGCUGUAAAGGAUUCAUUUUUUUCAUUUGAAGUUUCUUUCUUGUAGCUUGUUAUAUUCUUUAUAUUCUUCUUUUUCUUUAUCUCCAUACUUCUUUAUCUUCGUUCUUUUGCUCUUGUCUCUCUCUGUUGGCAGUGAUUCCCUGGGUGAUGCGUGUUUGUGCGUUUGUGUUUCCAGUGUCACCCUAUGUGUGAAACACUUUCAAUCAUAAAUAAAAAAUCCCAACUGUGAAAAUGUAA